AUGUAUCAUAAUAUACCAAUUAUUGUUUUUCUACAUGAUCAUAUUUGUAUUCUGAUCGGUGAGAUUAUUGAUGUUUUGAAACAUCAGAAGUGGUGGUACUACUGUUGUCUGUGUAAUGCACAUGUUUCUCAUGUUGGGAAUGUAUUUUAUUGUUAUCUGUGUAGAGUUGAGUGUGUUGAUGCCAUAAGAAGGUAUCGGAUCAAAAUUAUUGUUUCCCACUCAAAUGGCAGCAAUAUUUUCAUACUUGAGGAUGAUGAGGUGAUGCAAAUAGUCAAAAAGAGUUGUUCAGACUUUUUGAUAGAUGAAAAGAAAAACUCCCAAUCAACCGAUGAAUACACUCUUCCGAAUGGGAUAAUUUCUCAGUUGAUGAACAAGAAAAUUCUGUUCAUAGUGGAUCCUAGACCUGUUGGAUAUGAAUUGAACACAUCUCUUCACAUUGUUCGUGCAGUAUGUGAUGAUCUUGAAAUUGUGAAGUUUUUGGAGGACUCUAGCAAUGAUAAUGAUCAGCAGAAAUUUCAUCUGGAUCCCUUUGUUCCUCAUUUUCCUUUCGAAUUUAAGAAUCCAGUUCAGUUUCACUCCAAUGCAAGCAUUCAGUGUUCAUCGAGCUCAAGUGCUACAGUGGGUCAGGCUUCACCCAUUUCUGUUCUCAACUGGAAUUGUUGGAAUGUUAACCAUGAUUUUCAUGCAAGAAUCUCAUCCUCACAAGGUUCGAAUUUAUUUGGGAGUCAUCAACCUCUCACUAUUAGGGAAGAGCUUCGGAGUGCUUUUGGACAAUGUGAAAAUACUGCCGAGGCUGUUGAAAGGAUGGAUGAGUGUAGUGGCUAAUCAUUUGUUACA